CUCUUGUUUCCCAAUUGUACCUGAACGCACCUCCAGGCAUUUGGAGUAACCUGCUCCGGUCUGCGUCAACAACCGCUCCGGUGUGUCCGGUUGUUUGUUUGUUCUACACGUUACCGGGAGCAAGACCCGGCUGCUGUGUUCACAGAGGUCCGGUGUCUUUACCUGUUGCCAAGUCCCUCGUUCACCCGAUGUUCUUCCUGUUCCUCUCGUUCCUGUCUGACUGUCUGAGAGCCUCCGUCAGUCCACCCACUGCUGCACGAUGAGUGGAUGAUGUCUGAGAGCAGCUGCUAUGGCCUGCAGCGGUGGUCAGAGCAAUGCAGAAAACCUGGAGGGCUUCCAUGAGGUGAACUUGGCCUCGCCCACGACCCCCGACCUCCAGAACCAAGCGGAGCAGCGCCCCCCCGCCCGUCACAGCGCCCCGCCCGCCUCUCUGUACCGCACCCACUCCCUGGGAGCCCCCCCCGCCGGACGCCCCACCUCCCUGCGGGCCGACCAGCUCCCCACGCAGCCGGUGUACUCCACACCGCGGCAGAGCCACAAUGGAAGUGUGCCCGGCCAGGAGGCGGAGCCUGCCGAGGGCGGCUUCCUGUGUGCGGAGGGCGCGGAGGAGUGCGGCGCUCUGAGCGAGAGCCUGGCGCAGCUUCGCAGCCCGUCGGUGAUGGAGAUCCGAGAGAAAGGAAACGAGAGGCUGAAGGAGGAGCUGGCCAAGGCCCAGAGGGAUCUGCUGUUGAAGGAUGAGGAGUGUGAGAGAUUGUCUAAAGUCAGAGACCAGCUCGGCCAGGAGCUGGAGGAGCUCACCGCCAGUCUCUUCCAGGAGGCGCACAAAAUGGUCCGAGAAGCAAACGUCAAACAGGCCAACGCUGAGAAACAACUGAAAGAAGCGCUGGGAAAGAUCGACGUCCUCCAGGCGGAGGUCCAGGCCCUGAAGACCCUGGUGCUCUCCUCCCCCACCUCCCCGCUGGGCGAACUCCCCUCUGCAGGGAGCGGGGCGAAGACGGCCUUCAGGAAGGGCCACAGCAGGAACAAGAGCACCUCCUCCGCCAUGAUGGGCACGCAGCCCGACCCGGCGGCCACGCAGCCCAUCGUACGCGAGUGUAGAGAGGUGGACGGUCAGCUGUUCAGCGACUUCAAGGCGUGGAGGGAGGAGCCGACGCUGGACCGGAGCUGCUGCUUCCUGGAGAGGGUUUACCGCGAGGACAUCUACCCCUGCCUCACCUUCAACAAGGGCGAGCUCGGGUCGGCCAUCUUGGACGCCGUGGAGCAGAACACGCUCAGCGUGGAGCCGGUCGGCUUCCAGCCGCUGCCGGUGGUCAAAGCCUCGGCGGUGGAGUGUGGAGGACCAAAUGGGCGAAAGGACGAGCUCGUGACAAAAUGUGCCCUGAGCGGUCAGACCAAAACCUGUAAGCACAGAAUCAAGUUCGGGGACUCGUCCAACUAUUACUACGUGUCUCCCUAUUGUAGAUAUAAAAUCACAACCGUUUGUAACUUCUUCACCUACAUUCGCUACAUCUACCAAGGGCUGGUCAAACAGCAGGACGCGGAGCAGAUGUUCUGGGAGGUGAUGCAGCUCCGCCGUGAAAUGUCCUGCGCCAAGUUCGGCUACUACAAAGACCAGCUGUGACCGGCGGACCGCCGACCCCCCCACGACCCCCCCACGACCCCCGCCCGACCCGCCCGACCCGCCUCCCCCCAUUUGUUUGCGUGAGAAAGAAAAGCUGGUCGUUUUUACUGAUCUGAAGUUCUGGUGGGUUUAAAUGCAAAAUAUGAUAUUUUCUUUAUGUACAUGUAACACUCCGAUAUAUGAAGGAAGUUACACGUUUAAAACACGUCUGAGGAGCUUUUGUUUCUGUGCCUCUGAAAACAAACAACCAAGUAAAUCGUCAACUACAAAUGAAGACAAACCCUGGACACAAGAUGGAGUCAGAGAGGAGAGUUCAGACGGUCAAUCACAAAAAUAGAAUAUAUAAGAAGUUAAUAUUUUGGGGAGAAAGUUCUGAUAAACUGGUAUUUAGUCUAAUUAUUAAUAUGAGGUUAUCCUCAUAACUGUUGUUUUUUAAUAGUUUUAAAAGAAUUAUGACUUUUUGAGAAGAAUUGUAUUGUUAUUCAAGUACGACUUUAAAUAUCGACUAUAUGGAUUUCGACCCAUAAAUUCAAUUUUAUUUCUGUAGCCAAUUCAACUGACAAUGAAUGAAUCUGCAGUCUUGUGUCCUCGGUUUGUUGCUCUGUUUACAGCACCGCUAACAGGAGGAAGAAGAACAUUUAACGCACUACGAUCCAAUCAUUGUGAAACCGUGUAUAAGCUUUGGUUUAAUUCAAGUUGUAGCAGUUGAUGAAAGACAAUCGUCACAUCUCCAACCCGCCUGUGCAGCGGGUCACAUGACCGCUCUGUGGCGCUGGAGGUCUUCACCGUCACAUCCUGAACCUUCUCAGACAACAUCGUAAUUUCUCUUUUCUUUGAGAGGUCCCAGCGGUUAUUUUGUCGUUGCAGGAGUUAAUAAUCAAACGUCCCUACGUGAGGGCAGAAUGCAGUGGAGUCCUUUUGACUAAAUGUCCCCCGGUGUCUCCCAGCCUGCUGUAUUUAUAAUAUAUAUUAUAAUCUGUUCAUUUAAAGAUGACUCCUCUGCAUCUCUUUCUUAUUCAGCGUCACUCUCCCGGUUUGGUUUAGUGCCUUUUCUCUGACACUGAAAUAAAAACUGUAAUACCUCUGGAAA